GUAUUGGAUUUUUGUACUUUUGUGUAAAAUAUCCGUAAUCUUAAAUUAUAAGAGAAGAAAAACUUGUUUAACAGUAGCUACUUGAGUAGUAAGUUAAAAAUGGGUGAAAACGAAAAUCACAAGAUUGCUGCGUGCACUUUUUUCGCGAAAAAUCAUCCGGGUGAAACCUGUGGAAGCAAUGGGCUGCCUUUAACUCCCAGCUCCAUAACUAUUCUCGGUAGAGCACAACGCUUUCUAACUAUAGAGCACACAAAUUUGUGCACCUACUUGGACAUUAUACGAGGAAAACAUGAGAGAAUUAUAGUUGUGGCUGAAAUAAUAGGAAAAUCAUUAUCAGAAUAUACAUAUAAAUUUUCACAUGAAGAAAUCAUUAAUAUUGGCCUGCAAGUAGCGACUGCAAUGGCUUAUCUGCAUGAUCUACAAAUAACACACAGAACACUUUCCGAUGAUAACAUCUUACUAGAUGAGCAUGGCAGAGUAAAACUAUUCAAUUAUGGAAUGUACUAUAUGACAAAUUCUGGGAAUGAAGUCCCUUUUCCUCUUGGCCUGCCAAAAUACCUAAGUUCGGAGACAAUAUUAAACGGAGGUGGUCCUGCGGCUGAUGUUUGGACAUUUGGUAUUAUUAUUCUAGAACUUUGCAUUGGUAAGCUAUGGAGUAAUCUAAAACCAGGUCCUACACUGCGGAGAAUACUCACCCUAGUUCAUGCUGGAAACCCUGCUGAGAGGAUAGCUCGGGAACAUGAUUGUUUAGAGGCCUAUAAGAAUUUACCAGAGAAUAUUAAAAAUUUAAUAGAAAAAUGUCUCAAAAUUUAUCCAAACGAGAGAGCAACAUUCUCAGAGUUAGUGGAGGAUUUAACUCAAAUGAACAGUCAAGAGAUGGUGGAAGUAAAAAGACCAAGAGGUCUCAUGGGUUGCAAAAUACAAUAUUUGUACCAUCUGUGGCAGUUAGCUGGUGGUGAUAUUCAGGCGGAGUUAAAGAAGAAUGGCUUGAUCAAAAAUAAUCCACCGAUACUUUCCAUGCCAAUUGCACUUUUACUAGACGGUUGCACAGUGGGUGGUAAGACUGGGGCGUUGUUUGACCGCCGUCUAGCCAAGUACAGUUGGAAUCUACUUCAGAACCGACUAAGCCAUAUCCCACCACAAGAAUUCUACCCUCUCAUGCACGAGAAGAGAAAGCUACAUGACGCUGUACAUUUACCCAAGAUUAUUAGAGAACGAGACACAGAGUACCAGUUCCACAGACUGAUAUGGUUUCAAAGAUUGCUACAUGGUUAUCCAUACAUGGCUCAAUACAUAAGAGCAGAGGCAGAAGUAGACAUACCUCCAUUGCUCCGGGGUGAUGUCUGGGCAGCCCUGCUCGGGGUCAAAGGUGACAUCGAGGAUCAAUAUGAGAGGAUCGAUAAGGAGACUCCUACUCCUACUGAUAGACAGAUCGACGUGGACAUUCCUCGCUGCCACCAGUACUGCUGGCUGCUGUCGGGUCGCGCGGGCCACGCGGCGCUGCGGCGGAUUCUCAAGGCCUGGCUGCUGACCAACCCGCGCCUGGUCUACUGGCAGGGCCUGGACUCCCUCACCGCCCCCUUCCUCUACCUCAACUUCUGUAACGAAGCUCGCGCGUUCGCCUGCCUCUCAGCGUUCAUACCGAAGUAUCUGAACAACUUCUUCCUGAAGGACAACAGCGCGGUGAUCAAGGAGUACCUGGCUAAGUUCUGGCAGACGACUGCCUACCACGAGCCCGUGCUGGCCACACAUCUUCAUGAGAUCAGCUUCGUGCCUGAGCUGUUCGCUAUACCAUGGUUCCUCACUAUGUUUAGCCAUGUGUUUCCGCUUCACAAGAUAGUGCACCUCUGGGACGCUCUACUGGUAGAGGGCGCUAUGCUCGCCCCGUUCAUCGGCGUAGGUCUACUGAGGCGUCUAAGGGACCAGCUACUGCCGUCCGGAUUCAACGAGUGCAUUCUACUGUUCUCCGAUCUACCGGAGCUGGAUAUUGGAGAGUGUGUACAGGACUCCAUCGAGAUGUGCCGGAGCUCACCGCGCAGUAUCUGCUACCGGAGAUUCACCAAUGAACCAGAGAUAAAAGACCCUAUGGACAUGGUGGAGAUACCCCUAGAAACGUUGCUGUCGGAGUGCUGUCCCCGGAUCAGUCUGUCGGAUUUCUUCUCGCUGACGUGCCAGAACAAAUGCUGUACUGUCGACAUACGGUCCAACUUGCUAUACGAGAAGAGCUGUAUAGAAGGCAGUAUAAACGUGCCCUACAGCGGUGUGCAACUCGGUCAAAGGGACCUCAAGACCCUCGGACCUAACGCCUAUAAAACCCUCACCGCUGCGAUGGAUAGUAAAAAAGUUAUAGUAGUUGCGUCAGCUGAAGAUGAAACUGCACAGUUGUUCAGUGAAUACCUGGUGCGGUGUGGGGUGAGCUUCGUGUGCGUUCUGCACGGGGGCGUCACCGCUCUGCACUCCCACAUACCCUCCCUGUUCACAGUGCCACACAAAAGCGGUAAAUAGUGUCACACAAAUGUCACAAGGUGUCACACAUAGGUGUCACAGAGGUGUCCUAUGAGGCUGAGCUAUGCUCAGGUAACAGUGUAAAAUUUUUCGUUGAGUUACUGUAUAAUAUUUAUAUUGUGAUAGUACUGUGAUG